AAGAUGCCGAGAUUAAAUGUAUGCAAGGCAUUAUAUUAAUAAAAACUCAACAACAUGACUACCAGAGCAGCAACUUUUACAUCCAAAAUAAGAAACUUGAAAGAUUACAGAUCUCGUUUGAUAAAUAAUGUACAGCCAUUACCAGCUGGAAAUGAAAUUGAAAAUACACUGAAAUAUUUCUCACAGACAUUGCUAAGUGUGCUGAAAGAUGUACCCAACAUUCCAGCUGAAAGUUAUGGUCCAAGACAAAGGGACAGUGUUAGACUCUCAGUGUUUCCCAACCUGAACUACACAGGACUUUAUCAUGCUGUUCUGGAUAUGAUAGAGUUAGUUCCCACUAUGCAAAUAAGGCAGUUGGAAGUUGGAGAAAAUGUAUUGAAAGUUUUAGGUUGUCUUGUUCCGUUCCUUGAGCAUGACUUAUUAGAUUCUCUCCCUUACACUGUGGCAUCUACCCUUGCUAUAUUUCCUCCUACAUUACACAAAGAAACUAUUGACCUAUUGUGUAGUAAUAUGUUACCGAUGACACUAGGGUAUGAUGGAGGAUUUGAACCUACCUAUGCCAGUGAGUCAGCUGCAGCAAUUAUAACAAUGGUUCUGCAGCACACAGAUAAUGGUUCAUAUCACUCACAGAUACUAGAAUGCUUCAUGAGUAUCAAGAGAGAUUUAGUUAAGGAUAUACUGAGUAUUAUAGCAUAUGGACCACCAUCUGCCAGAGCUCCUGCAGCUAAUCUUCUGUUCUACUACUGGCCACAAUUAAACCCUGCAUUAUCUGAUAGGAGAGGAAUACAUUAUAAAUAUAUUGCAUGGCCACCAGUUCUUUGUCAGAGGAGAGGAUGUGUAAACAAUGGAAAUUGUCAAGCUGUUAAGAUGUGUUUGAAUCCAGCUUUAGCAAUACAUUCUGGAGACAAGCCUCCACCACUUUAUAUCUGUAGUGACUGUGCUGACGUUCUCAGGAAAGAUCAUAGUGAAUACAUGACGGACAUAUUAUUACCUAUGUCACAUGUGUCUACCAUAUGUGAAAAUAAGAACUGUAGAGCAGGAGAGACCCUUGCAGUAUGUACCUGUUUCUCUAUAGAAUGUGCCAGUUAUAAUGGUAAUAGACCAAUCCGUUACUGUCAAAUAUGUCAUGAAUCUCGUCAUCUUACUCCCAAGGGAAGAAAACAUGUGUAUCAUCUUAGUAUACCAGAGAUCUGGGAUUGUAGUCAACAGGUUCAGAGAUAUCUCAUGGAUGCUAUUACUAGCUUGUUAAAAGAAGCCCAGCCGAUUGAAUCAAAGAGAAUGGUAGAAAUGGGAGAAGAACAUCGAGCACAUGUAAGUGAUGAUGAUGAUUUGUAUGAGAUGGAGGAGGCUGGUGAGAGGAAGUUACUCAGUAGAUAUGGUAUAUGGUUACUGGUAGAACUUUGUAGACCUCAAGAAGAUAUACCUAUAGAAGUACUUGGACGUCUGCUUGGGAUGUUGUUUCAGUGGUUUGAUGCUACAGCAUAUCUUCCUGACGACAAUAUUGGAAAUGCUCUAGAAAGACUAAAGCCAGAUUACAUUUAUGACUGGCUUGAGGAAGUAUCCAAAACUCACUUUGAAGUCAUAGUAUCCUGCUUACUCCCCCAUCCUGUAGAGUAUUCCAGAGUUGGUGGAUUCUGGGAUUAUAUAACAAAUAGAACAACACAGAUUAAAGAAGGACUGAAUUGUUUCUUUUGUUUGGUUCCUUAUGAUAUCAUUACAUUUGAAAUUUGGGAUUAUGUGAUGCCAUAUUGGUUAGAAGCAAUAAGAACUGAAGUUCCAGCAGAGGAUUUACAUGAACUGAAAGUUCUGUUAAGUAAAUCAUUUGACAUUGACAUGUGUCCACUGCCCUUUACUCUGGAGAAGAUGUACUGUUUUAUAUCAGAAAGAUUUACAGAUCCUAGUGCUUAUGUACAAGAACAAGCUUUACAGUGGUUACAGAUCUUAUCAACACUCGAUAUCAUUAUUCCAAUGCAUAUGCUUCUUGGGAUGUUUCUGAGUGGUGUACAGAAUCUCCAUGUUGAAAAUACUGGUCCCAUACCAGAGAGACCCCUUAAGAAACCAGAAGGAGCUAUGGGUCAUCAGACUGUAUUUCCAGGCUCUCCAACACAAGAGAAACCUCCACCAUUGAGUCCUGAGAAAACACAUGUAGUUGUAGAGGCUUAUGAGGUUUAUGAGAGGGAGACUGAGCUUGUAUUACCAUGCUAUAUCAUGAUGCUAGAUUUAUAUUUGAAAGAGCUUGAGCUCCAGGAAUUUCCCAAGUACCUUGGUAUCUAUAAUGAGACCAGUAAACAGGUAAUGCAGAUGAUAGCUGUCAUGUUAAAAGAAGACCUUGAUGGAACUCACACUUGUUCUGAUGACCAGCAACAAGCCUGUAACUUCUGCCACAAUAUUGCAUUGUGGCACCAAUUGAUGUCCCAGGUUAUGUGUAACUUUUGUCCCAGGGAUCCUGCUAAGAUUCCAACCAAAGAAGUCCCUCGGGUAGAGGAAGUGAAACAAGUCUCAUCUAACUCACAGUCAAGGAAAAAUUCAACAUCAACAGAGGAAGAUGAUUCUGAGGAGAAAGAGAAAUCAGAGCCAAAAUUUGAUAUUAAAGCCAUGCCACUGCAUCUUCAGUUGUAUCAUGCCUUCCUGCUUGAAUUAGAGAGGACAACAGAUACAGAUGCUUCCUACUCUUUGCUGACAUCAAUGAAAUAUCUUAUACUUCAUGCUGAAAGUCUAAACUACACUGUUAACCAGUAUCCUAAUUAUGUCAAGUUUUCCCUAGUAAGACAUUUGAUACCAAGCUUGUGGAAAUGCCUGAUAGCUCAACAUUCACAGCUAGCAUUUAUUGCUGUCCCAUUACUGGUUCACUGUCUUACCUUACCUACUGGUGCUGAUAUCUGUUGGAAAAUUGUUGAAGAUGCAUAUACUAGUGAAGACUGGAGAGUUAGAUUUGCUGCUGUUGAGAAAGUGACAGUUCUGUGUCGACUGCUUGAUUUAGAUUCUAUCUCUCACAAUCAAGUAUUACAAACAGCAUUAGCUCAUGCCUUCUGUUUACUGAUUGGUUCAUUAGAGGAUAUGAAUUCUGCUGUAGCACAGAGAGCAGUACAAUAUCUAGAGACUAUCAAAACAUCAUCUAUCAGAUGUCUUUGCCGAUGUCUGGAGUUUCAGUUUGAUCAUGUGAUUAGCGACAGAAUAAUGAUUAUCCAGAGGAUGAGACUCUUAUCCAAUGUUCUACAGGAUGACAAGAUUCUUACAUGGGACUUUUUUCUAAGCAGAUUAGAUACUUUGUCCUUGGAGGCACAAAUUGACCUUGAAAACAGUGACAUAUUCAGUGCUGAUAGAGAAAAUGAAUCAUUUUUAAAGAAGUUAAACCGUGCAAGAUUUGCUCUUGCCAGGACAGACAGUAUUCGUUCUGUAAGUCAGAGCUGUAAACCCCCAUAUAGACGUGCUGUAUCUGUUCCCAUGCAUCUUGUCACAAGAACAGCUCCACCUAAACAGAAAUUAGCACAGCGUAGACGUAAAUUGCUAGAAUAUUUUGAUUUAGAGAGACAGAAGUCCUGUAUUAGACAGCAUUCAGCUCCACAUUUUAACCUGGGCAGAAGAAUGACUAAGAUGAAUUUUGGGGCUUUCAGUAAUGUGUUUCCAGGAAAUGUGAAGGAGUUUUCCGAUGAGGACAGUAAUUUUACAGCAUUGUUACAGAAGGCUAUGGAUAUGGAUGGUGUGGACAGAGAUACAGUUUCCCAACUAGUAGCUCUUCUGAUGAAGUUUAUGGUCAGCUGUGAUAUAAAUGAAGAGGACAAGAGCAAUAUGAAAACACAGAAUGUUGUACUACGUCAUUUGAAUAUACUGCUAGGCUACAACCAGACAGAGAAAUCCUUCACUGUACCUCCACAUAAACUCAGAACGUCAGCUGUAUUCAAUUCUUUCCUGAGUGGAGUUCCAUUCGUUUUGGAUCGAAACUUCAAACUUGGAAAUCAGAUCCUUCCAAUAACGUUAUUACUGCUGCAGCAUGGACCAUCUCCACAGAGAUAUGCCAGUGAUUAUCAACCUCCUAACUAUACCCUGUGGUACCUGGAACCUCACACACAAAUAUCCUGGCUGACUACACUGCUAGUUAUACUGUAUAAAUAUCAGUUCUAUACCUCUCCUGUAUCAGCCAUUAUACAAACAUUGAUUAGAAUUGUCAUCAAUACAGUAGAUGCUCAACACCAUAGAUGUAAAAAGUCACACGAGGAAGGAUUUAUACCACCUAGUCCCACUAUACUGAGGAGUAGAGAGCCAAGUAAAUUGAAUGACCUAGAAAACAUCCAGGAAACAGAUACACCUCCAUCAAGUCCUAAAAAUUUAAAUGAUACUGUUAACUUUAGUCCUGAUGGUGGUGCUGUUCAUUUUAAAAAGGGUGAUAAAGUGUCUCCAAUCAGAGAACAGGUGAUUGAGGAAGCCAUGGAAACCCCAAAACGUCCUCUCACAAGAGUUGCUAGGAAACCAAGGAGACUGAUAGAGUACAGUGAACCAAACAUGGAAGCAGCAAGGGAUAAUGUAGAGCGCAAAAAUGUUACAUCAGCAGUAGAUAUACCAAAGAAGAAGGAAGAACCAAAAGAUUCUUUUUCUACAUCACCUGCCAAAAUAGAAACAAGUCCAGUUGAUGACAACACCAAAACAACUUCUGUAGAAAAAGUAAUGGCCAAAAAUUUACAGGAAUUCUCUAGGCAACCAGAGAAAGGUGUUGGAAAAAUCAAAUCAGUGGUACCAGGAGAUGGAAUUAGGGUAACCUGUCCUCCAGUGUUGUCGACUGGUGUAUCCAGUAGUGCUACAGACGUAUCAAGUUCAUGGACAGGAGUGACCUCAACUACAGACAUGAGCCAUGACUUGACCUCUGAACUUGAGAGUGCUGAUGACAGUGACAAGAAUCAGACAACCUCUGAUACAGAUUCAGAUAAACAUACUACAUCCAGGACUAGAACAGAAACCACAACUGAUGGAAAAGAUGAUCACGUUGAAAAGAAGAGUUCAAAGGGGAUGGGACCAAAACCUAACUUUAGACAAAGGAAGAAUAGGAAGACUGGUCUGACUACUGUAGAAUUACAGACCAUAUUUCCAGAACUAAAUGAACCUGUUCCAGAUGAAACGACCACUACUAAAUCAAGAAGAAGUAGAAAAAGCGAACUGCUGGCAAAGAAGACUGUGAAAAAACCAUCAGCUUCUAGAUAUGGUGAUAAUGUUAUGUUAGACAGAUGUGCUGAAUGUAGUGCUAUCCUGGAACAGUACGAUGAUGAUGUCAUUGGUUACUGUAUUGUUGUCUUGGCAACCUUUAUACACAGAGAGCCAUCAUUGGCUACACCACUACUGUUAGAAAUGUUACAGUGUGUAUCUAGGAUAGCAUCUAGCAGUCCAUAUGCCUGGCAAGCUGAAAGUAAUCUGAUGGUACCAGGUAAUAGUGUUAGCAUUGCCAGACAGUUCCUAAGAUGUGUCUUACAUCAACUGGCACCCAAUGGUAUAUUUCCUAUGUUAUUUCAAAGUAAUUUUGAAGAUACUUAUUUCUUCAAGACAAUGGCUACAGCUUUGGUAGAUUUUACAGAACUGACAUGUCAAGCACCAAUACAGUUUUUACUUGAGGGACUCAACAGUAGAAAGAAUUUGCCAUCAGACAACAUUAUGUUACUGAUGAACAACUUAUCUAUGUAUAUUAACUGUAUAUCCCUGGAGUCUUCAGCCCCAAUGUGGAAUAGUAUUAUAUGUCAGUUUGAUAUCUUCCUGAGGAAGCUACCAACAGUUUUACCAAAUCCAUGUGACAUGACACCAGUACUCAAAAUCAUAACAGCUAUAUUGAAAGUGUCUGGUGUCAGUACUGCAAGGUUUAUUCUUGAGCCAUUCUCCAAGUUGUUGAGUUUUGCCAUAGAGAACUGUAACUUUAAGUUACAACACAUGUUGGAUAUUUGUUCCCUUGGAAACAGAUCAUAUGUCAAGGAGAGGGACAAGUUAUACCUGACUAGAACAGUUGUGUUUGAAUUGGUCCAGGCAAUGAAGUUCAAGAUUAGUUUGCCUGAUGAAAAUUUCUUGUUGCUUGUACAGUUUGUAGUGUUAGAUGCAGGAGGGACCAUUGCAAAUACCAACAUUCUAGGUGAACAAGGAAUGUUAUACAUGACACAUGCCAACAUGUUAAUUAGCACUUGUGCAGCAGAAUCUAUGAGAGAUCAUCUUAAUGAAUGUCUGGAGUUUAUAUCUGACAUACAUACACUAUCAAAAGUCAAGAACAACUUGAAGAGUGGUAGUACUAGUUUAAAUGAAGAUACUUUAGGUAGUCAGCUAAAGUCAGGGAUGGCACAAUACAUAGCAUUAGAAAUCACUCGUGGGAACAACAGAGACACAAAUAGGGCAAUAAUUAGAUAUUUGCCCUGGCUAUAUCACCCACCAUCUACAGUUCAGCAGGGACCAAAAGAAUUUACAGAUUGUAUUGGCCACAUCAGGACUUUGUCCUGGCUUUUAAUUGGUUCUUUGACUCACACUGCCAUGACAGAGGGAGCAGCUCCUGUUUCCUGUUUACCAAUACCAUUGGAUGCCAGUAGUUAUGUUGCGGAACAUGUAUUGGUCAUCAUGACUGGGUUUGAUGAAAGGUCAAAGGAUUCUGUUCUUCACAUGAGCUCUCUGUUUCAUGCCUUCAUUCUAUGUCAAUUAUGGUCAAUGUAUUGUGAGUCUGCAGCUGCUCAACACCCAGUUACAUCAGAAAGUCAUCAGAUAGCAUCAUCUACUAUUAUGGACUUCUGGGCAAGGGUAACACCUGGUAUUCUACAGCUACUCUCUACACCAAAAGAGUUUUCUGAGAAAGUGAACCUACAUUUCUUAGGAUUGAUGGAAGCUUUAAGAGAAUGCAACUCUUCGGUAUUAGCUAAGCUGUUCCCAAUGUGGACAUCCAUUUUAUUCACUUAUCAUUCACAGUUACCAGGCCACUUACAAGUAAGACUUCAGUCUGUUGAGAACUGGGAACCACCUGCUCCAUCCAAUGAUAUGGCUCUUUUCAACUCUAGUGUGUUGUUGUCAUGGCUGAAACGUAUACAAUUCAAACUGGGACAGAAUGAAAUCCAGUCUUCUGCUGCUACACAGUUUUAUACAGUUUAGGAGCUUGUACAAACUGAUGGAUUGGAAAUCUGGAAAAAAAAUUGUCUGUUGUUAUACUGAUAUUUACAUCUUAGAUGGACAAAUGUGAAUUCAAAUUAUAUAAGUUAUAAUCUAUUACUUACCUCUGAAUAGUUGUUCACAGAUUAGUCCAACAGUACUGAAAGAACACAAGGAUUUAUUAAAAAAUCAUUGCCAAACUGUGUAGAUUUCAAGUUAAACAAUUACUGCUGGUACAAUACUAUAGUAUUACUAAACUUAAGAAAUCUGCAAAUUCAAACCAUCAUGUAGGUUGAAAAUCAAUUUAUAUAUUAUAUUACAAAGUGUAAGAGGCAUAUUUAUUAUCACUAGAUCAUCUAACACUCACAUAUUAUUUAAUGUGAGAUCUGUAUUUGGAAAUAAACAUCUAAACAUCAAUAUAAGGCAUACAAGUAAAGCAUGACAUUUAUCUCCUUUCGAUGUAAAGUUUUGGAUCAAAAGUUUCUUCUUUAGAUUGUAAUUACUGUUUAAAUGUACAGCAAUUAUAUCAGUCCAAGUGAUUGUUAAAGAUACAACUCAUCCUUUUAAAAGUUAACAUAAAAAAAAAGUAUUUUUUCCUCCUGAAUUGUAAAUAAUUUUGCAAAAUUUAUCUCUCCCCUGAAAAAAAAUCACAUACUGUAAAUUCAGAAAUUAUUGCGUGCAUUUAUAAUUGCGAUUUUAAGAGAAUGUACAAAAAUGCGAGAUUAAUUAUUGCAAUUUCAAGAAAAUAAGAAUGUGAGUUCUUAUUAUUGCAAUACUUAACCGGUUGCAUUUUUCACAUUAAUAAAAACCUCGCAAUAAUUUCUGAAUUUACAGUAUUUAUGAAGAGGUCAGAAAUUUCAGUAUUUUUUAAACAAAAGAAUAAUAUCAAUGUUUUGAACAAAUUCAUUUCCCAGAAAAAUUAAAUCAAAUUCUGGGUUUUGUCUUAACAUUUGCCAAUUUUUAAAAUAUAUGAAACUGACUUUUGAAAGAUGCAACAAAUACAACAUUGCAUCCUGGGACAAGAAAUUAGUUAUAAUCGUGUCUAUCUUCCAUAAGAAUUUAUUCUUAUAAUCAUGUGCAAUAAAUACAAGAUGGCACCCCAUGACAAGGAUUUAGUUGUAAUGGUGUCUACCUUCCAUGAGAAUUUAUUCUUUUAUUCAUGUGCAAUAAAUACAAACAAGUGCAAUAUUGAGAAGUAAGAUUUUAUAAAAUAGCAGAACCAAUUUGUUGUGAUUAAUUUAUUGACUGUGUAAUUAUUUGUGAGUUAUUUGAUUGUUAUUGUUGGUGUAGUUGUUUGUUAGCUGUGAUUUAGAUUAGUUAUGUUAUGUCUGAAUUAUUAAAGGCAUAUGAAUAAAAUGAUGUGUCAGCUAC